AUGGCAGACAUCGAGAAAAUCACCGACGCUCCAGUGGAGUUCAUGAAGGACGGCGCCCGGUUCGUCCAGAAGUGCACCAAGCCUUCGCAGAAGGAGUACCUGCAGUUGAUCAGAGCCGUGGGCAUGGGCUUCAUCAUGAUGGGUGUUGUGGGCUACUUGAUCAAGUUGAUCCACAUUCCAAUAAGAUACUUGAUUGUCUGA